GAAGCGGGUUCGGGGGCCUAGUCGGGGGGGAUGAAGCAGAGGAAGGCCAAGGCGGCUGGCCCGGCCCGGCCGGGGUCUGGCCGCAAGAAGAAAGACGUCAGUGAUAUCUCCCCCUCUACAAGUUUGCCGCCUCUUGUAGAAGGACAACUGCGCUGCUUUCUGAAGCUGACCAUUAGCAAAAUCUUAUGGAUGGUUGCCAAGCCACCUUCUUCCUUCCUUAUCCGGGUGAGGUGGUGGGGAGAAACCUCGGACGGUACAGCCUUUGUUCCCCGGGAUACAUCGCAGGCCGAGCAAAAAAACCUCAAAACUACGACCCGCUACCCAGUUCGGUGUGGACCAAAACAGUUUGUCUCCUAUCUGACAGAUAUGGGUGCUCUAAUCCUGGAAGUAAUGGCCAAACCAGAUCACCUUCCAAUUGGCCGGGUGCAAAUCAAUGGGCUGGCACAGCUCUCUCCAAGUCACCCAAUCAGCGGAUUUUUCACCAUUGUCUCACCGACAUCUGAGAAGCUGGGAGAGCUGCAGGUAUCGCUUGUUCUGGAACCGCUGUCUGAAACCUACGACAGCAACAGCUCCAUCCCAAACACAGAUGUCAGCGUCAGUGCUGGUUUAUCAGUCCAGGGGACCAAAGAAACGGCUGACUCUAACCCAUUCCUUGCACCCUCGCAGCUUCACAGGCCGGCUAGCACGAAUAUCGUUGGAAGAGAGUCCGCUAGCAGUAGUAGGGCCACCACACCAAGGGGCAAGGAUCACUUGUACUUUCAAGAGAACUCCGAGAACCUAAAAGAAGGGUUUUUUCGACCUCAGCACCGCCACCUCCAAGGGCACAAUGAUUCUGUCAAUGCAAAUGACCCCAAACAACAAGAGUUGUUUUCCGGUGGCUCUGAUCUUGAGGCUCAAGUGAGGUUGGCUAAGGAAAGUCCCAAACCUGCACAUGUUCUUUCUUGUGACAACCCACCCACAAAAGAUCUCAUUUCAGCCCUUUUGGAUAGAGGCAAUAGACUCCGAAACGCUAUGGUGGUGUCUGCAAUGACAUCGAAUCCAGAUCCCAAUACACAGCUUUAUGAACUUCAACCCAUAAAGCAGGACGUCUCCAAACUAAUUGAAAAGAAUAUUAAAAACCUGCACCCUGGCCUCAUAUCUGCCGUUGAAGAGCCUCUUCAUCCACUGCCUGAUGGCUCAGAAUUUGAUUUACAUGCUGAAAACAGAGCGAUCCAGCUCUUGCUGGGCAGUUCUGGUUCUUCCCCUCUGCGCCAUUUGGAUGGUACAGGCUCUCCCCUGGAAUGUAUCUCUCCCGGGAGUGAGGUGUACGACAGUGAGCUGAACGACCCCCACUAUGACCAGAGCCUGCUGGAAAACUUGUUCUACACGGCUCGAGUAAGCGCCAGAGGCGUAAGUCCGACAGCAGCUUAAGUGACUUCCUCAGCGACGAGGAAGAUGCUGUUGCUUCCGGAAAACUAAACAAGUCGCAGAACAGCAAGUGUAGGAGAUC